UGUGGGUGACGUGCAGGAGGAGGAGAGUUUCCCCCUUCACUCCCUCUGGACUCUGGUCGGGACCUCAGAGCAGUGAGAGCUCAGGCAGGAAAAAGGUGAAGAAGAUGAAGAAGCUGGUGGUGUUUUUGCUCUGCGUGGUCCUGCUGACCAUCUACACAGAUGCCAACCCUAUCAUCAAGGAGAGCUUCGCUAAGCAGCUGCUCCGCAGUAAGAGGCAGGAUCAGCCAAUGAAGCCUGGCCACCCCGAUGAGCCAAUGAGAGAGCACCUGCUCCACAUGCAGGCUCUGGAUCAGAGGGCCCAGGAGACUAACUUGGAGCACUGGCUGAACCCCCACUGCUACCCUCACUGUGACAGGAACUACGGACACCCCGUCUGAUGAUGGUGAUGACUGAGUGAAGGACCAGACGUGACAGCAUGGACCCAACGGGGAAAACUCUUGAAAAAUUAAAAGAUGGGAAGACACACUCUCUCUCUGCUGAGAUAUGACCAUGUGAAGAGUGGAUAAAUGGUCAUGCAUAUAUCUCUCUGUAUUACAGCUGUGUAGUUUACUGUUUUCAGUGGUUUCUGCAUUUAUUCUCUCAAUUGUGUAUCAAUCACCAUCAGAGUGAGAUGUAUUAACAGUGAUAUAAUCACAAAUAAAUCCAAAUGCAUGAGUAACAA